AUGUCUCUAUCAUCGAUGAUUGUGCGUAAAGGUGGACCCUCCACCGUGCGUCGCAAGCUUGACUCGGAAGAUGAGAUCAUCCGAAUCCCGGACUGUGAUCUUGAUGCUGUGGCCGAUCGCUUCCGUCUGACUCUUAUUGGACGAGUUUUUAACCUUCAAGGACGAAGCAUUGAUGCUUUGAUCCACCUUCUCCCUCGUAACAGGAUCUGGAAUGUUGAGGGGCGAGUCAGAGGGAUCAAUCUUGGCAACGGGCGUUUCCAGUUCGAUUUUGACAAUGAAGCUGACCUCCUUUCCGUCCUAAACAAGCGUCCUUGCCACUUCAACCAAUGGAGUUUCGCACUCGAGCGAUGGGAACCUUUCACCAGUGAAUCUUUUCCCAAUACAAUUCCUUUCUGGAUCAGUGUAACAGGAGUCCCAGUGCACUUCUGGAAUGAUCAGACUUUCAUUGCAAUCUCGAAGCCCUUGGGAACUUGGAUCUCCCUCGAUUCAAAAAGAGCAAGGAUUCAAGUAUCUGUCAAUGUUGACAUGCCCAUACAAUUUGAACGUCGCAUCGAAUUCCCAAAUGGAGAUAUAGGAAGGGUCUCUUUCUUUUAUGAGGGCCUCCACCGAUCCUGCUAUACCUGUCAUAUGAUCUCUCAUGAUGAGAAUGUUUGUCCCCAGCUUACACCGGAGGAGCGUGAACUUAAACGACAACAACGAGCAAUCAUUAACGCUCAAGGGGACACUCUCUCUAUCCAGACGGGACACGACGGUCGGGUUCCGAACUUGAAAAGGCCUCGUUCCCCUCUCCAUGAACGCAAUUCGCCCCCUCCAGGGCGACAGAGGACCUCUCCAUCCAACCUAUCUGAGCGAGACUAUCGCAGGGAAGGAAAAAGGCACACUCACUCACCUCCUCGUGAUACCAGAGCGUAUCGCCCUACCCAGAAAGAUUAUCCAAGAGAUAAUGAUAACUUGUAUCGCAACAACACUCGUAAGGAAGAUGUCUGGAGACGCUUAGAAGUACCACCGCGUGCUUCUUCCGCAUAUGGAAAGAUCAAUUCCUCUCGUACUUCACGUAGAGAGAAUCCUUACCCCCAAAAGAACAGAGAGAACAAGCAACCGAUGCCGUACAAUGGACGUUACUCAAGCAAACGACAACAGGAUACACGUGAAUGGCGCCCUCGUUCUCCUCCGAAGAUCAUCCCUUCCACUGAUAUGGUGCCAGUCUCUUCUCGCACUCCUCAUAUGGAGCAAGAAGGCCCUUCUCGUGCUGUCUCGGACUCCCAGAGAACUAUCUCGGAUCAAUUUGGACACCUCGAAUUGGGUGAAAUAUGCAAGGAAGAUCAGCCAAAGAGCCCAAUUGCUGAAACUGAUGAAGAACGUCUAAGACGUAUCAAGGGGAAAGGCCAUAUCACUGAUACUCCUACCUCGCGUGAACGUGAACCAGGACGUAUCCGAUCUUCUACCCUCAUCAUCCGAGAACCAGCAACUGAUACAUUAGAUCGCCAACCAAUCAAAACUCCGCAUACUGCGGCUCCUCCUCCUGAUCAUACGGAUAAGAACCCCAAUCCCCUAGACAUGGAGCUUGAUAUCGAUUUUGAUCAGGAGCUGGAUAUUACUCUCACUGAAGAAGAGAUAGCUCUGGUCGAUAGCCUGGCCAAGGAUGCUGAACUUGUUGAAAUGGAUGCUGAAAUGAUGGAAAACGAUGACCUCCUAGACGAGAUACCUGACGAGGCUGCGGAAAAAAUCGACGCCAUCUCACAGCUCUCUCCAACAAAUGUUGAGGUUACAACUGAUAUGCAGGAGGAUCUUUUGGCACCAACCCGAGCUCAAACCGUAACCAACCGAACAGGAGCAAAUCACACCAAGCCCCUCCUACUCUGCCUCCUGCAAAAGGUUAUCUCAAAAAGCAUGUCCCCAAAAGCCCCGAUCUGA